AUGAGCAGCGAGAAAAAAAAAUUGCAGGCGCCGGCAAGGUCGAGAAAUGAAAGGAAACGAGUGGAAAAGGAAAGGAAACGACUGGAAAACGAAAGGAAACGAUUGGAAAACGAAAGGAAACGACUGGAAAACGAAAGGAAACGACUGGAAAAUGAAAAGAAACGAACGAAAAAUGAAAGGAAACGACUGGAAAAUGAAAAGAAACAAACGAAAAAAGAAAGGAAACGACUGGAAAAUGAAAAGAAACGAACGAAAAAUGAAAGGAAACGACUGGAAAAUGAAAAGAAACGAACGAAAAAUGAAAGGAAACGACUAGAAAAUGAAAAGAAACGAACGAAAAAUGAAAGGAAACGACUGGAAAAUGAAAAGAAACGAACGAAAAAAGAAAGGAAACGACUGGAAAAUGAAAAGAAACGAACGAAAAAAGAAAGGAAACGACUGGAAAAUGAAAAGAAACGAACGAAAAAAGAAAGGAAACGACUGGAAAAUGAAAAGAAACGAACGAAAAAAGAAAGGAAACGACUGGAAAAUGAAAAGAAACGAACGAAAAAAGAAAGGAAACGACUGGAAAAUGAAAAGAAACGAACGAAAAAAGAAAGGAAACGACUGGAAAAUGAAAAGAAACGAACGAAAAAAGAAAGGAAACGACUGGAAAAUGAAAAGAAACGAACGAAAAAAGAAAGGAAACGACUGGAAAAUGAAAAGAAACGAACGAAAAAUGAAAGGAAACGACUGGAAAAUGAAAAGAAACGAACGAAAAAAGAAAGGAAACGAACGAAAAAUGAAAAGAAACGAACGAAAAAUGAAAGGAAACGACUGGAAAAUGAAAAGAAACGAACGAAAAAAGAAAGGAAACGACUGGAAAAUGAAAAGAAACGAACGAAAAAUGAAAGGAAACGACUGGAAAAUGAAAAGAAACGAACGAAAAAAGAAAGGAAACGAACGAAAAAUGAAAAGAAACGAACGAAAAAUGAAAGUAAAAGACAGGAAAACGAAAGGAAACGAUUGGAAAAAGAAAGGAAACGACUGGAAAAUGAAAGGGGGCGUCAGGGAAAGAAAGGAAAGGACUGGAAAAUGAAAGGAAACGAUUUGGAAAUAAUCGGAAACGACUUGAAAAUGAAAGAAAACGGCGGGAAAACGAAGGAAAACGACUGGAAAAAGAAAGGAAAAUGA